AUGGAUCUGGGAGCGUUCGACAAUUUGCAGUAUGAUUGUGCGGCGUAUCUCGGUUAUUCUGAGAAUUGUUCGGACGAGACUGCGAAAAUGUUUGGGCACUACGAUGACACCGAUUUCACAGCCGCGGACAUGUGUUGUGCUUGUGGAGGCGGCAGUACAAAGUCGAAUUGCACCGACAGCGACCCUGCCGGGAUUGCCGACAAACGUGGAGAUUAUAGAUGCAAGAGUUAUGUUGAAUCCGAUUGCGGUCAGUUCGACGAUUCCGACUUCACGUCUUCGGACAUGUGUUGCAUAUGCGCAGGUGGUAAGAUUACUCUCCUCUACCCGCCGUUCGAUUGCACCGAGGGCUACUUGGCGAGCUGGAGCGUGUCCAAGAGAGACUGGUGCUGCAAGCCCUACGGAGGCGGCGUGGACUGCGGCAUCAACCAACGGCUGCGGACCACCUCGACCACGACGACAACGCUGUUUUGGAUGCUCAACGCGACGGCUCGCGACGAGGGAAUAUUCAAUUGCACGUACGGUUUCUGGGGGACCUGGAUCCAAGAGAAGCGAUCUUUUUGUUGCGAAACAGCGCCACCUACUGCCCUAACGGCACCAGCGCGACCACGACCACCACUACGCACGCGGCUGCGGCCGCCGCCCUCGGGGCAGGCAGCCGGCAACAGUGCGAGAACGGUUUCUGGAGCACCUGGCCCGACAGGAAGAGGUCGGAGUGCUGCGACCUGUUCAGGACGAUGA